AUGUGUGUUGUAGGAUCCUGCCGAUCUUGUGAUUUGCUACGUGAAAAACUUGACGAGGCUUGUCAAGUUAUAACUCGUGCUGAGGAUAUUUUGGCUAAUGUGAACAGGAAAAAAUCAAAAUUGUAUGAUGGAAUCUCAAGUUUGCAUGAUCGGUAUUUAUCUUUCGAGGAGAAUUUAUGUACAUUUGAAGGGGUGAAGUUAGUUGGUGAAGAAGUGUUAUUUGAAUCUGGGAAGCACCAUGUCAAGCUAAGAGACCGAUUUCAUGUUGCGUCUGAGAGGAUAGUUCCUUUAGAGACUCAACGAUCUCUCUUGGAAGCUAAUUAUGAAGUUUUCCUUCGGGAAAACCAUGUUCUUCGUGCAUAG